ACUUAUUAUAUAUAGAGAGAAAAGCUGGUUUAUAUAUUUACCACACUUCAUAGGUUCAGUUAGUGAAUAUACUACAAAAUGGAUUUAACCAAAGUAUUGAUGAGUGUUGUUUUGAUGUCGAUAUAUGUUGAAGUUGUAACUGGUUGUGGCCGGCUGAAAUGCUACAAAUGUAACUCCCAGGACUCACCAUCUACCUGCGGUGAAGAUAAUUUUAACGCGGAUGUUCACAAGGACGAUACUACUAGCGGAAGUACCCUUGAUUAUACAGGAGGAACCAGCUGUGUCCGUGGCUGGGCAGUAAACGAUAAAGGAACAUAUUACUUCCGGGACAAAUCAAACGAAUUUGAGCAUGAUGGCUGUGACACGCCUCAGAAAUGUUUCUGUAGCAGCGACUUGUGUAAUUCUAAAGCCUCAAGACCGGUUUUCAUGGCGACAACUGUUACAACAACUCUCGUCUUCUCUUUACUCGGAAAUGUGCUAGUCAAAAAGAUUUUCGUGUAGCACACGACCAAUUAAUUAGUUAUCCGUUUUUGUCUAACAACUGCGCACGUCUUAAACACCAUAAUUUGACCAAAUGAAAAUGGCGAAUAUCAUUAAAAAUGUUCUAUGAUCAUGAUUUAAAGUAUCAUAAUGAAUUCUUGAUAUAUUCAUUAUGUAUUUAAUGUUUCAACAACUAAAAGUCUUACUAUUUCUAAUUCUUCAUGUGUACAUUAGAAAAACAUAUAAUGUGCUAAUGUUGUAGAGUUUCAGGAAUAUAAUUAAAUAUUGAAUAAACAUUC